AUGAGAUACAAAACACUGGGACAAAUAGUAAAGAAGGCAGACGGGUGUGGAGGCUGGGAGCGAUCAAUACGCCGCGUCGCGUCGCGCGCCGACGAAAGCGAACGCUCAACGCACCCGACCUCGCUGCCCUUCACCGGGGAGUCGACGACCCCUGCACACCCUCCCUCACCCGCGAACACGCGACCCCAACACGAGCCCUUCACGGCACCCCAAAGCGAUCUCCGUGACCCGAUUAUAUAUUACAAUUAA